AUGAGUGAAGGUGUUGGUGAAGACAGCAUGGGGAGCAGGAAAGGCCCUGGUUUGUCCACAACUUGCCCUGGACUGAUGCCGGAAGGUACAAGCGGUGGCAGUCGUGGGUCAAGUCCUUCGUACCUUGACCUUGUAUCUUCUUCACCAGGCCUACCCGUCUCUUGCCACGUCGGAUUGGUGGUAAAGUGGACGACGGCACGGGGAGUUAAAGGAAGUGAGAUAGUGCUUGCCAGCUCAAGAUUCACAGAUUCCAAGAAAUAUGAAGAUGAUUUUGUUGAUUGUUUCAAUUUGAAAGAGCGAAGGUCUGGCGAGAUUUGCAAUGCAUGUGUACUUCUGGUGAAGAGGUGGAAGAAGCUGCCAAAAGGAACAGAUCGCAACUGGCAUCAUGUUGUGGAUGCCAGAGCUGGACCAGGUACCAAGUCCCUCACAAAAUUCAAGAGCAAGAAAUUAAAAAAGAAUAUUGUUAAUCCAGAUAAACCAAUAAAAGAGAAGAUAAAAAAGAAACAUCGAUAUAUUCGAAAGGUAGGCAGAGAGACUUCUCCAGGAGCUCUGAGUGAUGAUGUUGCUGUUGGCGAUGAGAGAUUGAGUGAAGGUUCAGCUACAUCAGUUCCUGGCUCCUUGGCACCCUCCCCCUACCCCUCACCUUACCCCUCUGAGGAUGAUGCUGACUCACAAGAUCGCACUCUAGUCUCUGGUGCUGUUAAAAGGAAGAAAUCAAUCCCAAAACAGUAUCAACUCAGCAGUUUUGUUGAUUUGUCAUACUGGAAACAAGAGAAAGUAUGCUGUGGAUUAAUUUUUCGAGGGGACUGCGGUGAAGUUCUCAUAGACCCACGGUUCUUCCAUCCAUGCUCAUGUCGUAUGAAAACUCUAGAAUUGUCACCAACUCCAACACCUGCCUCAACACCUCUUGCUUCAUCUGGAGCUUCUGAUGGCGGUAGUAAUUAUGAUGAUGAAAUUUUAGAAAUGAUGUCAGAAGCAAAUAUGAAUGAAGAUGAAGACUAUCAAGAUUCUGAUUCACUGGAUGAUCGACUUGAUGAACCUUAUUACUCAUCUGCCACUAAUUCUCCCUCAGGCCCGCUCAUGACGCAUUUAUCAACGGGAAUUGCAAGUUAACUAUAGUGUUAAUUAGUGGGCAAAAAUUAUGACUAACUACCUAUUUAAUAUUGGUAGAUACGUACCUUUUUUAUUAUUUAGAUAUGACAAAAAAUUUCCAUGAUCAAUAUUAGUGUGUUCUGAAUUUUUAUUUAUUAUUCAUGGGUCCAAGACUUGUAUUUUUCAGGGUUGAUAGAUAAAUUUUGAGAAAAAAAAAGAAAAUGUGGUUUUUUUAUAUAUAUAUAUAUAUAUAUUUGGCACAGAGCAAGGCUGCAGCCCCUCUCAACUUUUUUUAGUCUUGUUAUGACAAUCUGUUUCAUGGCAAUACUCGUCUUGCUGCACCAAAUACGCCGUCCACUUCUGCAAGCAGUGAACCAAUUGUAUGCAUUGAAAACUGAAUCGGUAAAUAAUUGAAUACAAAACCAUAUUUUAUAACUGCUAUUUUUUACCUUUGAGAGUCUUUAUAUCAGAUUAGGAAAAGCUUUGGUCUUUUAACUGCAUUCAGUUUUUAUGUAAAAUGCAAUGUAACACAUGUAUUUGAAUCCAGCUCAGUCUUUGGAAUAUGAAACCUUGAAACAACUCCCAUGCAAGCUUUAAAUAAUACUUAAACUGAAUGGUGUAUGGGUUGUUAAAGGUAAAAGUUCCCGGUGCUGUGUGUGGUGCUGCUGCUGAUGACGGUCCGGUGCGGCGGGACGGUUCUAGGAUCUCCAUAUCAGGGAGUGGGCUCGGCUGCCUCUUGUCCUCAGGUCACAAGGCUCAUGUGCUCAGUCCACCAGUCACUGGCUCCUCACUCUUUAAUCUCACUGUAGCUUCCUCCCUCUCAUGCAGAGGGUUUGGUACCACCAUCCUUUCCUACUGUCUUCUGUAUUAGAUAUAUGACUAUUCUACAAGUGAAUAUCAAAUGAGCAACAAAGUGCAUAUUUUAAAGUCUUGGGAGGAAUGGUGCAAGUAAAUUGUGCCCCCCAUGAAAGACAUGUAAAGUGUAUCAUAAAAGCUUUUUUGCACAAGUUAAUGAAUUGCAAUAUUUAAACUGUGCAAAUAUUUAAUUUCAUAUUUGAAAAACUGUAUAUAGUUAAUUUUCAUUUAGUAGAAAGCAAAGAAUAUUAUAUAAUUAUCUGAACCUAGCAAAAUUACAUAUUUAAUCUUAGAGACGAGAGACAAUAAGAGGCUAUCUUCAUGCCUCCCUUACUAAGGCUCUAUGCUACACUGCACUUGUUCCUGUGUAUCCUCCCUAUUCCUCUUGAUUUGGAGGUGGGGGGCAGUACAAAAUCAUUGUCUUGUGAACCUACUCUCAACUUUGUUUUGUUACUCAACUGUGACUACAUAAUUUCUGAAGAAUUUCUACCAAGUAGGGAUUCUCUUUUUAUAUAUAAAGCAUAAAAUAAGUAUUUUUAGCUAAUUAAAUAUUUUUAAAUGAUUUUUCAUAUAUGCAUAAUGUGUUGUGCUCAACCUGUAUUUUUCUUUAUAUAUAUAUAUAUAUAUAUAUAUAUAUAUAUAUAUAUAUAUAUAUAUAUAUAUAUAUAUAUAUAUAAAUUUUUACAAAUUUUUAUUCUAAUAUGGAGCCAGAUGACGGUGUAACCGACUUGCCUGCCAUAUAGCAAAUUCAGAUGAAUUAAUCCCAAACCUGAAUCUAGUCUUCAAACAUUUUUAAUGUUAAGGACUUGAUAAAAAACAUAAAAAUUUAAAAAAAAAUUAAACAGAUGGCCCUCAGUAUUACAAGGUACAAGUUAGCUUCUUUUCUAUUGCCACACUAUGCGCUUGUUAGCACACAUGAGCGGUGCUGUCCUGAUGCUCGCUGCAAUAUGAAUCUCUAGCAUCGUGGAUGGUAACUAGAAGGAGAACAGGCGAUGUUAUAGACGCAUGUGUACGGAUGUCUCUUUGGAUGACACAGGUUUAUAAAAUGGAUAGAAAUGCUUGGUGCCGAGUUGGUUCCAGCACUUGUGUCAACCAAGGAAACUGUCCAAGGAAUCAAUGCAGAAGCCAAGGACCACUCAGUGCAGGAUUGGAAUAAGCUUAUGGCUCAAAAUGGAAUUCUUUGUUGUGCUGGUUGUAAAUUUGUUUUCACCCUCAAUGGCUGCAGUUUUAUAAUGUGGUCUUUAAAUUAUUAUUAUAUCUGAUAUUUUAAUGUUGUUAUGUUUCAUUAACACUAAUAUGAUUAGUGCAUUAAUUAGAAUUUUUAAAUUGACAAUUUUUGACUGUUACUGAAGAUCAAUUUUAUAACUGAGUUGCUAUACUGUAUUUGGUGAGCUACAAGCAUCCUUGUAAAGGUUUCCAAUACACUGCACUGAGUAAGAAAACAUUGUCAGCCCUAGGAGCCAAAACUCUCCCAAAGACUGUGAUUAUUUUCAAUAUUGAUGGAUGUUUUAAGGUAAAGUGAGAUUAGAGGCAUGUUUUCUAUAAAAAUGCAAUCAGGAAAAAAAUUUAUACAUGCAUUGCAUUCCAAAGAUUGUUAAGUGUAUAAUAUUAUUAAUAUCCCUUAAUAAAUAUUUACAAUAGAUAUGGACCUGACACUUAACUUCCUUUUAGUGUCUUUGACCAUUGCAUUUCUGAUUAAUGAUAAUUAUUAUUUAUUGUUUAAUUUAAUUCAGGUAUACUACUUAAGUGGGUAAAUUGCAGUGUGACAGGCUUCAGUCACAUAGCAUAUGCCUGUGACAUAUGGCAGGCAUAUGCCUACACCCACAGAUUCUGACCACAUAAUAUGUAUCUGAACACUUGUUAUGGUGCCCUUGUUAUUUUCUGCAGCUGUUAGCCAUAUAUAACAUUAUAAUUUUCUGUGUAACUUGUGUAGAGUGUGGCCUAAACUACCUGCUCCAGUCAAGUUUUGGUAGGAGUGAUGGGCCAUUCUCUGAAGCUGCAAUGUGGUUAAGCUGGGGGUGGGGCCAGUUCCAGGGUGAAACCACACCACACACUUCUGGUGCCUGCUUGAUUGUCAUGGUCAUGGUAUUAGCACAAAUGAAACUGCAACUGUACAAAGUGCUAUAAUCCAUGUAACAGUGCUCUUUGUUACCAAUACUCUUUCACAACAUUUGUUUUAAAAUGUAUGUGAAAACUACAUUUUGAUAAUGUGAUAGAUGUAUGUUUUUUACAUAAAUUUAUGCAUAUAUAUAUAUAUAUAUAUAUAUAUAUAUAUAUAUAUAUAUAUAUAUAUAUAUAUAUAUAUAUAUAAAUGCUGCUUUAGGUUGUAUUUAAAUUAUUAUUUCUGAAAGACCUGUACUUGGACUAGAGCACUUUAUGAGUAACAGCUGCAGCAAGUUUCCUACUGCAUCUCAUAAGUACCUGGGAGGAGUCAGGGCGAUUGUCACUUGAGUUGGUAAUUUGUAAAUUGAAUGGCUGAAGUUUUGAGUGGUAUGAGUGUAUCUAGGGUAACCUGUUUGCUCAUUCAAUCAGGUGUCACUGUUUGAGCUUAUGUGAUAAUCAUAACUUUGAGCUGUGACCUUUUUGCUUUUAUUGUCGCCCGGAUCCUCGUGGGUGUGUAUGGAUGGUCAAAGGACAGUCAGAGAACAGGUUCUCUCCUUUGUUAAACAAGUUGUUUUGUAUAAUGACAAAGAUCCACAAAUAAGCUUAUUGUUUGAGCUUAAGAAGUGUGUCCAUUUCUCUGUUCACUUAUUUAAUGUUCUGUAGUUGUGAAUGUAGUUAUCCUUUAAAAGUUCAGUACAAUAAAAUAUUGUCUACUA